AUGGGCUUUAACGAGCUGAACGAGGAGUCGCCCAACCAUCACGACGUCGCCGUGCUGCUCACCCGGAAGGAUAUUUGCAGGGCCGCCGGCAAGUGCGACACUCUCGGGCUGGCCGAACUGGGCACCAUGUGCAACUUCAACAAGAGCUGCUCGAUCAUCGAAGACAAUGGGCUGUCCGCCGCGUUCACCAUCGCCCACGAGUUGGCCCAUCUCUUCAACAUGCCGCACGACGACGAGCCAAAGUGCCGGCAGUGGAUGGAGGUGACCAAGGAGAAUUUUCACAUUAUGGCCCCGACGCUCGAGUUCAACACCCAUCCCUGGAGCUGGUCAGCCUGUUCGGCGGCGAUGCUCGAGCGGUUUUUGGAACAACGAGAUCGUACGCAAUGCCUCUUUGACCAACCUACGCAGCGUCGAUUCUACGAUGACCUCUUCGAAGUGCAGCCCGCUGGCAUCAAGUACAGCGCCGACCGGCAGUGCGAAUUCGUUUUUGGGCGUGACUCGAAGCUUUGCCCGUACAUGCCCUCCUGCCGUCGAUUGUGGUGUCAGCUGCCGCAAGCUACGCAAGACGUUGGCAUCCACGGCGUCCCCCAGAACACCACGUGGAUCCCCAAGUACCAAGUGGCGCCGAACGAGCGGUGCAAGCUGUAUUGUCGAAUUGAGACCGUCUCCGCUUACUAUCUGCUCAAACCAAAAGUGGUUGACGGAACGCCUUGUGAUCAAAACGGCGACGAUCUGUGCGUUGAUGGGGCUUGCCGGAAAGCUGGCUGUGACCAUGUGCUCGGCUCGAAUGUGGAGAAAGACCGGUGCGGGAUUUGCGGUGGUGACGGAUCGAGCUGCCGCCACGUCAAGGGCAGCUACAACGAGCGCGGGUCGUUUGGUUACAAUGAGGUUCUCAAAAUCCCCGCCGGGUCCGCCAACAUCGAAAUCACGCAGACGGCCUGGCGCGGAAAUAAGGAGGACGAUAACAACUAUCUAUCCCUGCGCACCUCCAACGGUGACUUCCUGCUGAACGGAAAGUACCAAGUGGUCGUCUACAACGUACUCCUCCAGCUGCAAGACGUCAUCCUCGAAUACUCGGGCAGCGACAACCUCAUCGAGCGCAUUAAUGGCACCGGGCCGACCAGGUCCGACAUUUUUGUGAACGUCCUAACUGUGGGAAAUCUCACCCCGCCCGACAUCCGCUACGAGUACAUGGCCUCUACAGCACCAGCAUCCGUUGCCCAACCACCAUCGUAUCUCGAUCUGCGGACCGGACACGUGUUCUGGAGGCUGGCCGACGAUUGGACAGUCUGCACCCGGAGUUGCAAAGGAGAACAAGUGCACGCCUACGUCUGCAUCGACGGACGCUCUAAUCGACCCACCAGCGAGCGGAAUUGCAUGGCCAUACGGGCACCGCCAACGGCUCGAAGACGCUCUUGCAAUGAUCAUUGCACUAACAGGUACCAACAA